GCAAAUAAAUAACUUUGUAAGCUAAUCUUGGCGGCCAAAUCCUCCUAAGAGCGGGAGUACUGAAAAAGCGAUUGCCUACUUUUACAGUCAAAAUGGCAAAUAAUUCGAAUUCAGGCUCUGAACUUGAAGUUGACGACACUCUCCAAUCUAUCUGCUACAAUCGCGGUUCGCUUAAGCUCCUCGACCAGAGAAAACUUCCUCUCGAGACUGAGUUUCUUGAUAUCCGAAAUUCAUCCGAUGGAUGGUCUGCUAUAAGGGAGAUGGUGGUCCGUGGAGCACCUGCUAUUGCUAUUGCAGCAGCUCUUUCUCUUGCAGUUGAAGUUUUUAAUUUUGAUGAUUUUACUGGGACAUCUAAUGAUGCUGCCUCUUUCCUUUUCAAGAAAUUGGAAUAUCUUGUUUCAAGCCGACCAACUGCAGUCAAUCUCUCUGAUGCUGCAAAUAAACUUAAAGAAGUUAUAUACAAGGCUGCUGCUACUGCUUCAGAUUCCAAUAGUGUUUUUCAGGCUUACAUAGAAGCUGCUGAAAUUAUGCUCAAAGAUGAUAUUGCUUCAAAUAAAGCAAUUGGGUCACAUGGAGCAAGUUUUAUUCAAAACCAACUGAAAAACCCUCAGAGGCUUUCUAUCCUAACCCAUUGCAAUACUGGCAGUCUUGCUACAGCUGGAUAUGGCACUGCCCUGGGUGUCAUUCGUGCACUUCAUGCUGCAGGAGUGUUAAGGAGAGCCUAUUGCACAGAAACUCGUCCUUUCAACCAAGGAUCUAGACUGACAGCUUUUGAAUUGGUGCAUGAAAAGAUUCCUGCUACUCUUGUAGCAGAUUCCGCUGCAGCUGCACUAAUGAAAGAUGACCAAGUGAGUGCUGUGAUUGUUGGAGCAGAUCGCGUGGCUGCAAAUGGAGAUACUGCUAACAAGAUUGGGACCUACAGCCUUGCCUUGUGUGCUAUGCAUCACAAUAUUCCAUUUUAUGUUGCUGCACCUCUGACCUCUGUUGAUCUAUCCCUUUCUUCUGGAAAACACAUUGUCAUAGAGGAAAGAUCACCUAAAGAAUUAUUAAAUUCACGUGGAGGACUUGGGGAGCAAGUGGCUGCAUCUGGGAUUUCUGUAUGGAACCCAGCUUUUGAUGUUACCCCUGCGAAUUUGAUCAGUGGUAUAAUAACAGAAAAGGGUGUCAUCACUAAGAUUGACAGCAGUGAUUUUGACAUAAAGAAUUUUGUGAAAAGGACAGCUGGGCAGUCUGUAGCAUAGGGUAGGCACCUCCUACCUGUUGAGUGAAUGGUUACCAAAAUGGUAAGCAUGUUUAUGAGCAUGUAAUGCAACUGCGCUGCUGAGAUUAAGGGCUAUUAACCUGUUAAAAGAAUGCUGAAUAAGCCUUGUGGAAUGUGGUCGAGUGUUCAUUGUAAUAAUUUGAACUUGCUUGUAAGGCCAAGCUUAUUUGGGAUUGUUGACAAAGCUCCUAACUACUGGUUUUUGAGGUUACUGAAUCUGAUUCCACCUUAUCUGCAUAAA